CGUAAACAUUGCAUCAUCGACUCUGCUGAGGCCGGUAUGGAGAUGGUCAUUCUGCUGCAAUUUUGAAGAUACUGAUGAGCAUUAGGAAAAGUUGAUAGUUUCAGGAAAGUGGAUUUUCGUUUAAAAACUUCAAGAUGGUUGAGUUUUCAACAGUUGCCAUAGGUGUACUUCUGUCCCUUGAACUGGGAUACUUUGUGAAAGCUGUUGUCUAUGCUUUUGGCUCAAGGUUUCUGCUGCCAAAGCUUCAUCCUCUUCAAGCCUCAAGGUUGUAUGGUAUAUGCACAACCAGAGACAUAGACUUCCUGCUGAACCACAUCAACAAUUCACGAUACCUUAGGGCCAUGGACUUUGGUCGUGUGGACCACUUCACCAGGUCCAGGCUUUUAAGUGGCGUUUCAGGAAAGAAGGUGCAGGUUCUUGUUGCAGCCAGUACCAUCAGAUACCGCAAGCCAGUUUAUCUCUUUAUGCCAUACAGGCUGGAAUCUCAGAUUGUUUACUGGGAUGAGCGAAAUUUAUACUACCGCCAGAACUUUGAAACAAUACAUGACAACUUCCUUCGAGCAACUGCCUAUGUGAAGCUGACAGUGUUGGGGUCAAGUCCAGAUGAGCUCUUGUCUACCCGCCUCUCAGAAUCUCCAGAACGACCUAACAUUCCAAAUGAUCUUGAAUCUUGGAUGCUAUAUGUUAAGCAGAACAGUGAGAAUCUCAAGAAGAAAGUGUAGGAAGCUUUCAGUAUAUUCUGCUGUCCUUUAUGUUACUCAGUCAUUUGUUCAAUUUAUUGCUGUCAUAGCCUCAAUCAAAUGGUACUCUGCAAGAUUCCUCCUUUGCAAACCAAUCUGGAAUUUAGUAAUGUCCACUUGCUGAUAAGAUGCACUUUCUUUAGGCUAAGUGAUCAGUAGCCACUUAAGAGGCUUUACAUACUAGGCUUGUAGAUCACAUAUUUUAUAUAUCAUUUUUCCUUAAUCCAAGGAAUACACUGGUUAAUUAAUACCAAAAAUGUUUUGCUUAUGUUUCAAGCACAUUAUUGUAAUGCAUAUAAAUGUAGGUAGCGUGAUACCUUUUUUUUAAGGCAAAUACAUAUGAAACCAGUGAUAUUUUCCUUUGUGUUUCUUCAUUGUGCAAGAGUCUAUGAAUAUUUAAUGACAUUCCUCUGUUACUGUCAGUCAGGUCUUCAGGUACUUCAACAGGUACUACUUCUCUUAUUUAUAUGCAUGGUCUAGUCAGUCUGUUUAAGAACAAACUUUCUUAUUUGAUUUGUGUAUGAUAUAUAGAGAAUACUCACUAUUAAAUGAAUAUAUAUGAUGUGUGCUUAUUUGUUUGUUCAUUGUCAUUAUAAAAGACAAGUGGUCAUCUACCCUGCAUUUCUAAGAGUUAGAGGUAUUACAUAGUAAACCUUUAGCUUAGACCCUGACAAGCCUUAUGUUUAGAAUUAAGCAUAUACUGAAGUUUGGAAGAGGUCCUUACAGUGCCAGUUUUCAUUAGUAACCUGUCAAAAGGCACAAUUUACUCUAGGAAUUUUACAUCUUCAUAUGGAUGCAUUCAAUUUUCUAAUCAUAUUGGAGGUAAUAUGCUUGUGAUAUAAUCCCAGGCAUUUCUUAGACAUUUCCAAUGCAUACAUAGUCAUUAGAUUAUAUGUAAUAUUUUAUCUGCCAGAUAAUUAAUUUUCCUCCCCAAACCUAAUCAGCUUCUGGUGUUUUUCCAGUGUGGUACACCUUGUUUUUCUAAAAGGAAAUAGGGCAUGAAUUUUAGUGCAAAUGAUAUGUGCUGAAUUGUACAUGCUGAUGUUAUAUCGUAAUUUCUAGGCAAUAGAAAGUGUAAUAUGUUAAUUUGCAAAUUUUCAUUGUCAUGAAAGAGCACUUUUUAAAGAUUUUUAGAGCCUUUGCACAGAAUGAAAUGUUUUAAAGUAGGAAUAAUGUAUAUUCUAAUUUGUUUGAUUUGGCAUCACCCAUGUACCCCACAAAAUCUGUUGAUUCAUGCUUUGUUUAGAAUGUUGUAAUUAUUUGGAGUGCCAAAGUCUAAAAGAGGGGGGGACUAUUUCAGUGGAAAAUACUACCAAAUGUGACAUGUCACAUCUCAAUUUUAGGGGUAAAACAGUCAGUUAUCAUAGAAUAAAUAACAGUGCUUUGGACUAUUUUCUUGCGAGGCAUAAGCAAUAAUUUUUAUGUGUUUAAAUAAAAUAUAUUCAGAAUUAUUAUUGCAUUCAUAUAUUGCAUGGCAAAUGAAAAAUAUAAAUUUUCAAAAGCAUUUAAGGAUUAAAUGAAGAUGAUAUCAGUUUUAUAAUGAUAGUGAAAUGGUUACCUAAUUACUAAGCCUUUAUAAAGGUUAUUUUGAGGAAUAGGUUACUAUUUGAUAUUUUGAUUGAUGUAAUCAGAACUACAAGAAUCAACCCACUGUUGCUGUGAAGUGUUGAGUUCACUGUAGUUUGUGAAGUGUCUCUGUACUUAAUACUUUUGGAGCCAUCUAUGUGUAAAAACCACUAAUAAAUUAAAUUCACAAUGGGCAUGGCAUAUGUGUACAUGCCAUCCCUUGUGGUAUUGGGUUAAGUAAUUAUUAUUAGUUACUCAUACUGUUGGUAUGAAUCGGGUGUUGAAAGUCCAUUGUAGAAGUUGAUUUCUUUGAAUGAUUACAUAUUUCAUAGGAGAUUAUGUUUGAUUAGUGGUGUUUAAAACAGUUGUUUAAGCCAAAUGAGGAUAAGUGGUUGUUGGUAAGUGUAAUUAAAAAAAAAUUAUAUAUAAAUUUAAUAGGUAGACCAUUUUAGAUUAUUGUUUAUAACUUAGGUUAAGUUACAAAUUAGACCUGAAAAUUUCAGUUAUAUUUUCUUUGGUGAGCUCAUAAUGAAAUUUUAUCAAUGGGUGUAAAUUGUUUUUAACACACAUUUCCUAUGAAACAGGGUCAGGUAUUACUAAGGUACUUCUAAACAUGAAUGCCCUCCAGACAAGAAAUUUGAUGAAAUAAGAUUAUAUUAAUAAUGUGUACAAUGUGCUCGUAGUAUAGAGAGGUCACAUAGAGUAUAUUUUUUUCAAUAUGGAUUUGUUUUGUAUUUUCAUUGUUAUUUUGUUCUUUAUAGAGAUUCUACUGUGGUUGGCCAUUUGUAAACUAAAAGGAAAUCACAUGAUUGAUACAGUAAUCUUAUUUCUACAGUUACACCAUAAGAAUACUUCUACCCAACUAAAAGUAGAUAUACGUUUUUUAGAACAUAUUUCACUAAUAUUAUAGGAUACAUAGGGUUACAUGAAUGGUAAAUUUUGGCAUUUACUAAUUUGUUAUACAUACCUCAGAUUCAAAUGCUUGAUGGAUAAUACAUAAUGAAUAAUCUUACUCUUUGUUUGGCAGUUGAAAGCCUUUCAUAUUAUAUGUUCAUGAAUAAAACAUAAAUGCAUUGUGGUUAAUGUUAAAUCCUUGAGCCUUUUAAUAUGUAAGAACUCACUGUAGUUGACUAAUGUCUUUUUCCUGUUUAAAAGAAAAGAUAAUAUUCAGGGUAUGACACUGUGAUUUAAAGUGUAAUAUACCAAAGAUUUCAGGUAUAUAUUUAAUUUUCUUGUAAAUAUUUGAGUUUAUUUCCUCAGUUCCAUGAAGCUUUUUUAUUUGAAUAUGACUGUCUUGGAUAUAAUUGUAGCGCUUGACUAUAUUUAAAUAUAUUUCAUCAGUUUUUCGAUUAUUUAUAUUUGUGCUUAAUGUCUCUCAGCUAGUUUGUUAGGAAAUAUCUGCAAUAUUUGUUUAGAAAAUGUUUAGAUGAAUAAGAAUA